UGUUCGUUCACAACUUCAUUCACCACAAAGACCCGGUGAGGCUUAGCUUAGUCACCCGGCGCGGCUUCAGGCAGGUGCCAAGCAGUAGUGUUGACCACAAAGGACAACACUGGCACAAGCUGUACUUGUGCCGCUCUCACAACUCCGCCCAUAUGGAUAUCGCCGCUCUAGUUAACCCCGUGUCAGAGUCGCUCCCGCGGCGCUCGCCGUCGGGUUCGCAUAACAACAUACUAGCGCCGAGCCCUGCGCUUGAGAGCGCAAAGCUUCCGACCACUCCCAGACAGUCACACACCACCGAUAUGAGUCGUAGACGCAAGCGACACGAUUCGAAGCCCAUAUGGGCUGUUCGCGAGGACGAAGUCUUUGAUGGCAAGACACUUCAACAAGAUAUCAACGAACGCCAGCGCCAGCAGCCUCCCAAACCGCAUCCGCAAGCGCAACCCCAACCGCGCCCCCAGGCUUCCCCAUCACAACCGCUGCCAGGCGCCUCGCGCAACGGCCAUGCUCAAACACAACCUCACCCGCAACCCUCCAGUGCUGUGCAGCAUACAACGUCUGCGGCGCUGGCUGGCUUCGAGCGGCCUAUAUCCCACGACCCGCGCGUCUACGACGAGAUACAGCGCAAAGUCUGCGAUUUCCUCUUUAGCAACAUUGUCAUCAACGAUCGAAUCCGGAGUCUGCUCCAAGAGGCACCGGAUACAAUGGUGGAGGUCGAGGCCCGCUGGGGACAUGUCGUUUGGCGCGAACAGAAUGAGCGCCUGACAGGGGUGCACAGCACAGAAUGUGUUCUCCAUUCUGCGGUCAGCCAGCGAACUAAGUUCGAUAGCGUUAUGAACCUCCAACAGCAUCAGCAGAUGAACAAAUACCUCAAUAAACAGGUAUUUCAGGCCAAGCCAGGGAAUCCUAACAACCGACCGGAAAUUGUGUACAAACACACCAAACUCGUCGAUCAGCAAUACGAACUAGGUGAGGAGGCCUUGUCACGGCUUUCUCUUGCGGCGCAGAGCAUCAUCCGGGCCAGCGGCAAGCAAGAACGCAUACGUGUGUCACGCGAUCAAAAGACAGGCGAGGUUGUCGCCGCGAUUAUCAAGCAUAAGGUGAACAACCUUGAAAUCAGCUCACCGCAGACGGAGUGGGACUAUCGGAUUGGCGUCAACAUCGAGAUAGUCUUCCCAGGACCGUUGGAUGGUCUGACAGAGGUAGUGGAGAAGGGCAAAGGGGUCGAAGCGAUGAAGCGUUACAAAGACCGCAUGUCAUACUCGUAUAAGGGUGCAUAUCAAAUCGACUUAACCCAGGUUACGCAAGACGGCCAGAGGAUACAUGAAUUGGAGCUGGAGUUGGAAUCGAAUGUCCUCCUCGAACAUGGCGACCGAGUGAGGAUUGGGCAGCCGAACGAAUACGAAUCGCUGAUCAACGGCAUGAUUAACAACCUGAGGGUUCUAUCACGCGAAGUCACACCUCCUAAGCGAUAGAGUCGUCGAGGCAGUGGGUAGGGAACUAUCGGCGAUUGCCAUGUUGACAACACCGCUCUGGCUAAAGAUGCGAUGGGCUAGCCGCGUGCAUAGCUAUCGACGAUUCCUUUUCGAAUUGACUCGCCGAAAUGGCAUGUAUUAAUACUUGUAGUUUUUCGGAUCAUUGGGCGCUUUGAAAAUAAUGAAGCUCGACCACGAUUCUGGAAAGUUUGGGUUUCUGAACGCAUAGUACGGAGUUUGAAAGUCAAUGAUACCCCAUUUUUUGCGAG